CACUGAACUGUCCCUUUAAUGUCGUGUUGUUGACCCGCCGUCACUGUGGCACCAAUGAUGCCUUGACGGCCCGUGAUUGGCCCGUGUGAGGCUCCUCCCCCCGGUCAGCGGCAGGAUGUACCGCAGCCAGCUGCAGGAACAACAGUGAGCAGAUGUCACAGGCCACCUGCGCCCUCUGAUGAUCUGUCAAUAAUAUAUUUGCAUUUCUCAUCUCUAUAUCAUUAGGGCCUUUUGCCCAACUCUGCGAUGUCCAUUCAAAACAAAACGUGAAAGCUUUUUUUUGCAAUUUUCACAACUACCGCGUCAGUGCGGAGCGACCACCUCCAACACGCCAGCGGCGACUGGUCGCUGACUGGACAACCCCGCUUCCGCGCGCCCCCUCCCCGCCGCCGGAGCAGCGAUGCCUCCCGGUGUUGCCACCGCGCCACGGAGCUCGUCGGCGGGCUGCUUCUGCGUCUGCUGCGGGGCGACGACGAGACCGUAUUCCACCGAGAACUCCGUGAUCUCUCGGGGGGAAAUGUACCAGCUCAUCAGUGAAAGUUUCCUGACAGUUAAAGGAGCCGCUCUUUUCCUUCCACGAGGAAAUGGCUCCUCCGCUUCCUCUGCGUCUCGCUUUUCACAGCUGCGCAGCAAACAUGCAGGAGACAUCCAGCAGCACCUGCAAACCAUGUUCACUCUCCUCAGGCCAGAGGACAACAUCAAACUGGCGGUGCGUUUAGAGAGUGUCCACUCGCACAUCACCCGCUACAUGGUGGUGGUCUCAACCAACGGCCGUCAGGACACGGAGGAGAGCGUGGUGCUCGGAAUGGAUUUCAGUCCGGUAGACAGUUCGUGCUCUGUCGGGAUGGUUUUGCCCUUGUGGAGUGACACGCUGAUACAUCUGGAUGGAGACGGGGGUUUCAGUGUGUCAACUGAUAACAGAGUGCAUGUUUUCAAGCCUGUGUCUGUGCAGGCCAUGUGGUCGGCCCUCCAGUCGCUCCAUAAAGCGUGCGAAGUGGCUCGUUGUCAUAACUACUUCCCAGGCAGCUUGUUCCUCACCUGGGUUAGCUACUAUCAAAGCAGGGUCUCCUCCGACCAGACGCGCAUCAAUGAGUGGAACACCAUGCAGGAUGUGCAGUCACACCGUGCCGACUCACCCGUCCUCUUCUCUGAUGCACCUACAGAGAGAGAGCUAACUGAGCGUCAGAUCAAAACCAGCCUGAGGGAGAUCAUGAUGCAGAAAGACCUUGAGAAUGUCACAUGUAAAGAGAUCCGAACAGAGUUGGAAAUGCACAUGACAUGCAACCUGCGCGAGUUCAAAGAGUACAUCGACAAUGAGAUGAUUGUCAUUCUCGGCCAGAUGGACAGUCCCACAGAGAUCUUUGAUCACGUCUUUUUGGGAUCUGAGUGGAAUGCAUCCAAUUUGGAGGAGUUGCAGAACAGCGGGGUUCAAUACAUCCUGAAUGUAACAAGGGAGAUCGACAACUUCUUCCCUGGUGUGUUUGUGUACCACAACAUCCGUGUGUACGACGAGGAGGCUACUGACCUGCUCGCCUACUGGAAUGAGACCUACAAGUUUAUAUCUAGAGCCAAGAAAGCCGGGGCCAAGUGUCUGGUGCACUGUAAAAUGGGUAUAAGUCGCUCUGCUGCCACGGUGAUCGCGUACGCAAUGAAGGAGUACGGGUGGGAAUUGCAAAAGGCCUUUGAUUACGUCAAGGAGCGUCGCACUGUGACCAAACCUAACCCCUCUUUUAUGAGACAGCUGGAGGAGUAUCAGGGCAUACUGCUGGCCAGCAGGCAGAGGCACAACAAACUGUGGCGUUCCCACUCUGACAGCGAUCUGUCCGAGCACCACGAGCCGCUGUCUAAAUCCCACGCCCAACCUCACAGCCUGGGUCGCUCCAACCCACACAACCAGACCAGCGGUGCCCCUGGUCCCUCUGUGAAAGAACUGCUGGAAUCAUUGGGAAGUUCGGUCAGCGCUGGCAAAGCAGCACACUCCACCAGUCAGCCCGAUACCGGCAUCCAGUCCAAUCGGCCCAGCUCUGCACCCUUUGAGAGGCUGGCGGCUCUACCAGACGAUGCUGUCUCUCAGAGCUUGGAGACUCCGUCUCAAUGUGCUGUAGCAAAGAGCAGCCAGCUGGAUCCACCUUGGCCUGAAUCCACAGUCGGCUCUGUGUCUCCGUUAUCUCCUCCGCUUUCCAAUGGCUUAUGUGAUGCCGAGGAGGAGCAGCCCCCGUCGCCUCUUCUCUCCCAGCCGAGGGCAGCCACUGUGGUGCCCGAGUCCCAAAAGAUGGACAUGGUAACUGUUGCAAAGAGUGUUUCGGUGGGUCAGCCUCACCCGCCUCCGUCUCUUCACCACCUCCCACCGUCUCCUGCUCCCUCCCCGUCUCCCGCCCAAACGGAUGAGGUUAUCGGACCGCUGGUGUCGUCCUGCGCUCAGCCUGCGACAAAAACGAUGCUGGAGUCGGUGCCUGAGCCCAUGACGGCACAAACACCAAAGACACAAUCCGCUGGAGCCCAGUGUCUGUCUGUACCAGUGCCUGUCAAAUAUCCAGACUGUGAUCAGCAGCUGAGUGGCUCUUCUUUGGACGGUUCAACAGCCAGCCCUCCCUCAACUACUGAUUUUAUCAGUGAUCCCAGUGCCAUUCCACUAGACAAUGAGGUGUUGUUUGGCCACAGUGCAGAUCACAUUAACUUUUUCAGUGCCAGGGAAAAGUUCAAGGGAAUGAGUCAAGACGGUAAAACUCGCUGUGCUGCGCUCCAACAGUCGCCCCCGCUGAGGAGUUGUGCCAAGGAUCAGCAACAGAUGCUCCAGGAGGUCUCCGCUGAUGAGGGGAAGGAGGAGGAGAAAAGAAAGGAAAUGACUGUCCCUGUGCAGGCCGCAGGACUGAAGCCGACAGUGCACACAGAGACUUCAUCUGUUGGGCCUCCUGAACAACCAGAGCCUCAGGGCCCUCAGGACCAGGAAGUGAGUUUGUCUAUGCAGGAAACGGAAUAUAGAAACCUUUCAUCGCAGAAGGAAGCCGAGAAUGGGAAAGAGGAAGAGAAGAACAAAGAAGAAGAGGAGGAGGGGGCGGAUCCCGCUCGACUCUACAGCGAUUGGACGAGGGGCUCCGUGCGGCGCGUCACGAGACAGCUGGAGCAGAAAAUGAAACAGGAGCACGACGUGCCGACAACCUCUUCUUCCUCUCCACCGUCACUCUCUGGUAGCACAUCCUGCUCGCAGCGACGUCCGCCCAGCGUCCAUUCUGUGCCGAUCCCUCAUUUUCAGGAUGCGUCAGUUUGCUCGCAGUUGUCAGUAGUUAACACUGUGCAGGUGGAGGGUGAUGGGAAGUUUGGACAAGUUCAAAUUGAGAGUGCUGAUGUAGUUGAGAUAGAGGCACUGGGAAAUAACGACAGAAGCACAAAAGGACACAAACUCCAGCCUGCUGAUACUAGAUUGCUCUCUACCUCUUAUCCUUUCCAUCACUUCACCCACUCUCCCUUUGCCUCCGUGAACUUCCUGUGUCUGGAGGGCGUGACCGAGCUGGAGUCAGACAUAGACUGGGAGUGUCCCGCCGAGGGACCCCACAGAGACAUCAUCAUGCGAGAGACGUGGGAGACGUUGUGUGAGCUGGGCGCCUUCCUGCAGCAGGUGAGCACGAGCGGAGCCUGCAAGAGCGGCUGCAUGGAGCAGGCUUUUGGCUUCGGUGCCGGAACCACUCAGAAGCGAAGUAGCAGCAUCCAGAAGAGGGCCCGAGAGGUGGAAGCAAGGAUUCGCCAGGCGGGGCUGACCCCUCCGUCCCUGAUGAAGCGCUCAGCCUCUCUGGCCAAACUGGGAUGUCUGGAGCUGCUCGCCAACGAGCUGAGCGAGUGGGAGCUCAGCCGCUCCGCCGUCUCUCUGCCCUCAGAUCAGCCUCCAGUUUACACAAGCGACGAGUCCAAGAAGCAGCGGGUGCACGGCUCUCCCCCCGCAGCCGCGGACCAGCAGCCAGAGGUCCCAGGGGUCGACGUGGAGCGGCUCUCUGAAGCCGAAGAAACCUCAACAGGAAUCUCUCCACCAUCAUAUCAGGGUCAACAGAGAGGGAAGGUCGGCAACAUUUGCCCUGAUUCUCUGCAUUCGCCCGGGCUGACGCUGAUGACCACAAGGCAGCAGUACGGAAGGACUCACCCCCUGAGGAGGCUGAAGAAAAGAACUGUUAGCACCCUUUACCACACCAUGUAACCCUCACGGUGUGUGUGUGUGUCUGUGUGUGUGUGUAUGAGAGAGAGAGAGAAAGAGAGAGAGACGGGGGGAUAAUGUGAACCUGUGAGAAAUGGAGGUUUGAGUGUAAAUGUGGGGAUUUGUUCAGCAAAACAAACCAAUGCCUCUUGCCUUAAAGGAAAUGUUUAGUCGUUUCUGUAUGGGUUUUUUUCUCCAGCACAUCCGCAAAGAGCCUCUGUGAAAGCCGGCAUGCGAGACGUUUGUCUCGGUUGCGAGGCCAGUGACGAGGCCAGUGACGAGGCUAUGAAGGUUCUGGUUAACUGAAAAAAAAAAACGGAGUUGAAUUAGAACGGCAGCAAAACACAAUCAUCUAAAUAUUUAUGGGUGACAUGUUUCCAACGUUGACACGCCUGAGCCCACACACACUUCACAUAACCACUGGUUUCUCCAUCAACAGUUUGAUUUUUUUUUUUUUUUUACUCGAUUGUUGGUGAUAGACUGAAGAGUUCAACCUGAUGUUAGGAGGAAUGUAGCACGUUUCCCCUCUUCUUUCUUUCUGCUCUCAUGUCUCUUCAUCAAUAUUUUCUACAAGUUGUGCUACGUGGUUACCAAGGAAACGACACCGCUCUCCCUCCUGCUGCAGUCUGACAGAAAAUGAAUCAAAUUCAACACUGACACAAACUCCUCAAACCUUCAGAGAAAAGGAUCAUUUUAAGAUAAACUUUGGUUCAUUUGGCAGGAAUACAAACACAGACUUUCAGAGAGCAAUGAAUCGAGACACACACACACACACACACACACGCUCAGGAGGAACCACUGAUUAGUGUUUUGUCCCCAAAGAAAGGCGUAUAUCCAGAGAUGGUGGUGAUGGAGAGUUACAGUUGCAUAGUUGUAAAGCGGUGUUUUGAAAGAGAAGAGGCAUGCUGUGUAUUUUAUGUAUUUUUUUGUUUUUGUUUUUGUUUUACUACACAAUACCUCAGCACGUCUGAACCAAAUCUGACCUGCACAAAAACCGUCAGGCUCUGGAUUCCCUGGAAUGUCCGUCUCAAUCAGUAAACACAAUUUGAAUUCUCACUACUUGACAAACUCUCUCGAGUCCUCUCACACUUCUGAUGCCACUCGGACUAGAUGUUUUUAUUUUAGUUUUGUACGUGUGUCUGAGAUAAAGGUUGAGUUAGUUUAGGGUGGGGGGUGGGGGGUCGGGUUUUCUGCUCCGUUCUCUUUGGGAUGUAAAGGUCUUCGUCGUGAGUGUCGACAUUUAAGGAACUGUACAUGUUUUUAUAUCUGGUUCGUGUCCACGUGCGAGUGCGACUGUGUAGCACAAUUUCACCAUGUGGGUGUGUACUUUUGUCCUUCUUUUCCUUUUUUAAUUGAUCGUUCUCUCCUUUGUACACUUUAAAGGAGUGUGCCUAUGACUGGCAAGUGAAGCUUCUCUGCAGUCUAUCAGAAAUGUCUGUACAGAGACGUCUGUCAUACCUGCACUUUACUCCCUUUUUUAUUUUGUUUUAAAUGUGGCUUCAUUUUAAAUGUCUUUUAGUUUUUUUAAAUGUGUGGUUGCUACUUUUGAGGAGCAUGCUUAGUUUGUAGAAGCUGGUAUGUGUGUGCGUGUGUGUGUUUGUAUUGUCAAAAAUCGUUUUUUCUUUAAUUUUAAACUAUCAGUGUAAAUAUUCUUUUAUAUCAUGUGCUUCAACUGUGACCAUUAAAACAAUGGAAAUUA